UGUCAUGUCUCGACUAGUUUUGCUGCUCGUGCUUCUUAUGUGUGUUAGCGCUCAGCUCUCAGAUGCUCAGCACUGGUCCCACGGCUGGUAUCCUGGAGGAAAAAGGGAGCUGGACUCUUUUGGAGCAUCAGAGAUGUCAGAGGAAAUUAAGUUGUGUGAGGCAGGGGAAUGCAGUUAUCUGAGACCCCAGCGGAGGAAUACCCUGAGAAACAUUGUUUUGGAUGCGCUGGCCAGAGAGCUCCAGAAGAGAAAGUAACAGCUUCCUGUCUCCAGCAUGCUUUUCCACCUGGUGACCAUGUUCUCCUGUGUCUUUAUCUUGGAACAACUCUGUGUAGUUUUGUCUGACGUGUUUUUUCUCAGUGGCAACUCAAAAUGAAAAGUGUAUAGCCCAAAAUAAAGUGUCUAUUUUGAUACUAAC